AUGUAUCGUUUGCUACGUGGUCGUCUGACGUUCAAAGUAUAUGUUCUUUUAGGAAUAAUUGCGAUUAUCAUAUGCGGCUAUGUGAUUCCGCAGUAUAAAAUAUAUUCCAUAGCUCCUGUAACUUCUCGGAGCUUAGUUCACACGCAUUCACCUCGACAUUUGUCCAAGCUCGUCACUGUCGUGUUUCGUCAAUUUGAAGAUUUUGAAAAUGAUAUUGCUGAAAGCGUACAAUCUUUCGUCGCAGCGUAUCCAAAUAUACCUGUAUUAGUCUUGUGUGAAAGAAAGCAGUAUCCGCCUUUCCAGUUCUCAGCUACGAAUGUAACUCUCCGAAAUGUCAAGAUUAUAUCACUUGAGUUUAAGCUUGAUAUAAACCCAGUAGACCUGGAUCCUCUGAGUUAUGUCUUUACGGAGUAUAUACUGUUUGUCCCUGACGCCUCGCGUGUCUCUCGACGAGUAUUCCAACAGAUGGCUGUUGCAGCGACAACAUAUCCCACACAAGCAAUUGCUGUUGGUAUUGGAAAUACACGAGUGGUUUGUCAGCAACUAAACUGGGCAUAUGCAGAUUGGACUCUACAUUAUAGUAAAGAUUCAUCUAAAAAACUAUGUGAUUCAUUGCAAGGGCAACAUGCCUUAAUGAUCAAGACAUCAAUGCUCCGAAAUAUACCAAAGCCGUUUGCUCUACCUUUUCCAGAAACUCUAUAUUUGCAGACGGCCAUACGAAAUAUAAAGGUUCAAGUAUUAGAAGGUAAGUUUGCUGCAGGCCGAAGCAUAUUAAAAACUCCAGCGUCUAAACAAAAGGCUUCAAAAAGACUCAGAGAUUAUCGAACAUCACUGUACAAGGAGCUUGGGGUGAAGGCCGUUGUAAAAGAAGAUGGUAGAGUGCAGUGGUAUGGUUGUAAACGAGAAACUCAGCGGUGUUUCCCACCAGUCCAAAGGACACCGUCAUAUGUUUUAGCUGGUCGCAAUACACCUCCAUGCUGUCUACGUAAUAUACGACGGACGGUCGUUCACGUGUUGAGAGCGUUGUUGCAGGCUGGAGCUCGAUGUUGGCUCGAGACUACAUCACUAUUAGGUGCUGUUAUGCGCGGUGAUCUACUACCAUGGGUUGAAUAUGCAGAAAUUGGCAUUCAUGCCUCAGAUCUCACCCGAGUUUCCUGGUUACAACGUGGUGGUCCCGAUAAUGAUGGUUUUGUUUGGGAAAGAGCAACCAAGGGCCAUUACUACAGAGUUGCUUAUUCUGCAACAAACAGAAUAUAUGUUUUGAUCCUGCCUUUCACGUCAAGGAAUGGUACUAUGUGGCCCGCUGAUUGGGUUUUAGCUUAUCAGCGUGAUUUUCCUGAAAGACAUUUGCAUCCACUUGCUCAGAUAAAAUUUGUGGGUCACCAAGCACCAGCACCAAAUGACGCACGCGCUUUCUUAGAUCUCAAACUGGGUCCGAAUGCUGUUGAAAGAAGCGACAGAAUCGGAGCUAAACUGCUAUAUCCCUAAUGAAAUAAGUAAUAAAAAUAGUCACGUUUGGGUCAUAACGUAAACGUUAGAAAAUUAUGAAAAUUUAAAAAA